CUGAGACGGAGGGGAGCGGCGGCUGAGGCGGCGGCGGCGGCCGAGGAGGAUCGGGCGGCGGAAGAUGGCGGCGCCCGUGCUGCGGGUGUCGGUGCCGCGCUGGGAGCGGGCGGCCCGGUGCGCCGUGUGCGCCGCCGGCAUCCUCAUCUCCCUGUACGCCUACCACGUGGAGCGCGAGAAGGAGCGGGACCCCGAGGCGCGGGCCCUGUGCGACCUGGGGCCCUGGGUGCGCUGCUCCGCCGCCCUCUCCUCCAGAUGGGGUCAAGGAUUUGGUCUUUUGGGGUCCAUCUUUGGAAAGGACAGUGCAAUAAACCAACCAAACAGUAUUUUUGGACUUAUAUUUUAUAUACUACAGCUGUUACUUGGCAUGACAGCCAGUGCGGUGGCAGCUUUAAUCCUCAUGACCUCCUCGAUAGUGUCUGUGUUAGGGUCCCUGUACCUGGCGUACAUUCUGUACUUUGUGCUGAAGGAAUUUUGCAUUCUCUGUUUUAUCACAUACAUGCUGAACUUCAUUCUCCUUAUCAUCAACUACAAACGACUCGUUUACUUGAACGAAGCCUGGAAACGGCAGCUGCAGCCUAAGCAGGACUGACCCAGCCUGGACCCUCGGGAGACCCUUCGUCCAUUCAGUUUAUUUUGCAGUAAUUUUUUUUUUUUUAUUCUUCAUAUCAGACACUUUCCCUAAGAAUCUUAAACUGAUUUUUUAAAAAAUCCUGUAAAUUAGAAGGGGCCCUGUCUAUUUUCUGUGUCAAUCUUCUGUUUGACUAUGGACACAAAAGAGGAUACUCCGAGCCAAUCAAAGACAAGCUUUAACUUUCCUUUGAAGAUGUUUCUGAAAUAACAAAGUAGAGUUUUUUCUCCCCAGUCCCCAAUUGUCAAGUGAAGCAACAGUUGCUAGUAAUUCUCUUACAUGUAUAAAUUCAGUUUCAGGUAUUAAAAAUGUGAUCAUGACAUGAAAAUAUUUUAGAAUAGAGAUACUGUAUUAAAUAUUGCCAUGUUUACAGUAUGUAAUACAUUUUUAGCCGAUGGAUUGAAACAUGUAGAUUCAACUAGAAUCCAUUUAUGUGAUAUUGUCAAUAAAGGUAGAAAUAUUGGAUCCAUCCCUGCAGAGCUCACUCUACAGUUUAGUUUAAAGUGUAGCACUGAAGAAUUUUCAGCUCAUAGUUGACUAAUGAAAUAGUGGAAGGAGUCAGGAAGCCCAUCCAGGUGGGUAGCAUCUCAACAAAGGCACUAGUAGCUGUGGCUUCAGGGCUAGCCAGCCACUUGGACCUUGGGGUUUUGGUCCCCUGCCCCACACCUCUUCUCUGAGGAAGAAACUGCAGUUUAAAAAGAGAGAGAGAGAGGCCCCAGUCAAGCUUAUGUGAAGUCAUGAAACGGGACUGAUUGUUCCCUACACAGAAUGAGUGGCCCAGCCUGGCUGGCCACAAGGAAGGUGUCUCUGGGGUGUGGAGGAUGGGAAAGGGGGGAGGUGGGGCUGGUGACAUUAACUUAAGGGUCCUUAGGAGCUUCAUUUCUUCCAACAGUUGAGUUUUCCUCUAGACAUUUUUCAUACGAAUCGGUGCCAGACAGCCAAGCAGUGUUACAACCCAUUGGUAAUAGGUGUAUAAGUAAGCCCAAGGACUGUGAAGGAGGAUCGAGGUCCUGCGUAGCCCCAGGGAGGUUUCCUGAGUGGGUUGAGUUUUGUGCUAACUAAAGAGACCUAGAGGGACCCGGUGUAGGAUCUCAGAUUUGUGCUAUAUUUAGAAGUGAACUUUAGGCCUGACACCCUGCACUUCUCACCAGAGACUCAGUCUGCUUUGGAGGGAAAAGAAAGAAUUGGAGGUACCAAAGGAAGGGGGAGGCUCUAGGAGCACAGGCCUUGCUCUUUCUAAGAGCCAUUGAAAGUGCAGGAUGAGGAAUUUUUUAAAAAGCUGAUCGGAAUGAAUCCAGUGGAAGUUGAGUGUAUUUCUAUGGUCAACAUCCUAAAACAGAAUAUUAAAAGUGCCUUCUGUCUUCAAUCCUUAAACCAAAUAUUUUGUGUGUUGAACUCAGCAGGCAGAAGUGUCCUUGCUUUCCCCCCCACCCCACAUGAAUGGAAUAGAAUAACUCGCAGUAUAUAGAAAAGCACUGUAUGUGGUCAUUCUGGUCCUUAGGCUGAGCAGUAGCAGUAGCGUUGGUCCAGCUCCGUAGCGUUCCAGUGUAGCUGACAGGACUCGGGGAAUGAAUGAAUGUGAACACUAGAGGGCAGAGAGCAGCUUCGAAAGCGAGAAUCUGGAGAGUCAGCACAGUGCGAUAGUGGUUUUCAACUAAAAUCUCCUAGCUUAUAAAACGGAUAGCCUUUUCUGCCCACCGAGGAGGGAUAUUAGGGAUCUGGAUGUCUAAACUGCAAACCAAUUUAUUUAAAAAUGGCCUAAUCCAGUUGAAACAAAAAUUUCCUUUUCCUGCGAAUGUGAAUGUUUAAAGAACAAAUUUCUUAUAUGAAUCUCUUGUACUCUAAUGGUUUAAGAACACUAGGAGACAAUGAUGCUUGAACGUAAGUGAUUUUUUGGGGGGAGGAGAGUAUUGAUCAAUUUGUGAAAAGUAGUUUCAGUUUUGCUAAGGCAAUUCACUUAAGUUCUCUUAUCUAAGAUUUGGGAGGAGACGGUCUCAAUGAUUAACAGUGCUGUGGUAAAAAUAACAUCACUUAGGAAGCACUCCCACACGUACCUGUCCUACCUUGAGACGGUUUUCCAUCACAUUUUGUAUGAACCAGCAGUGUACGCUUCAAACUUCUCUCAAUGUUCAGUUCUCUUGCAGACUGAUUGAGAGGACACUGAAUCUAACAUUCACCUGGGGCCCUUACUAAGGCUUUCCUUUCUUUUUUCCUCUCAUAAGCCUUAGGGGAAGCACCACUGGUUAAUAUGUUGUAUAGAAGUUAGUUAUUUUGAUACAUUCCUGUGACUAGUAGACUUAAUGUGCUUUUUCUCCACAAAAGAGAUGAAUAUGUGCUGCUUGAUGUACGAACUUACCAUUCAUUGUAACUGUCUCUAUAAGCACCUGUACUCAUAGUAAGUAAGAAUCUGAUUUCAUAGUAUUUUUUUGCCCUUGAUCAACCCUGCCCUGCACCUCCCCCUUCAAUAAAAGUCACCAUAUUUGUCAAAUUUAAAUGUUGCUGUAGACUGGAAAAACAUUUUGGAUUGGACAUUUUGUUUUAGCCUGCUAACUUGAUUUGCCAACAUCCUUGAAGAAUGGGUUAGAGAAAAGAUAAUUUUAAAAACUCUUAGCCUUUUUUUUUUUUUUUAAGCAGGGUCUUUUGUCAUUCAUGUUAUUGGUGAAUUGCCUCAGAACAAAUGAAGCUCUCACACAUUUUUUGUAAGUUUUGAAUGUAAUUUUGAUGAAAUGAUUAAAACAAGUUGUGGAGGGAUUACAAAUUCUAGGGGGGUCUGGGGGAGGUUUGGGAUUUUCUUUUUUCCUUUCUGUUUUUGUCAUCUGAUGUCAUCUGGGGUGAAAAUCUUUUCUCUUCUGGUGAAAUAGCUCAGGGUUAACCAGUUGUGUGCCAGGAAUUGUACUUGUAUUUCAUGCAACUUCUCAUUAAAUCCGUUAUUAAUAAGAGUCCCAAAGUGUGUGGACUUGACUAUUUUCAGACAGAAGAGCAAAAAACUAAUCAAAACUUGGCUGCGAGAAAUGUUAGGAUUUCUGGAAUUACAGGCACAUAGGAUAAGGCAGAGAGGUAAGAAAUGAUGAAGACUAAACCCUGAGUGGCUUCAGCUCUCGUGGUUUCAUAUUUCCAUGGAUAAACAAGAGCAUCAAGAAUCUUCAGUUCUUUUAGAAUCUUGAGUUUGUGCUACUUGCUUGUGGUGGACUAGGAAAGGUUUCGGGGAAAUUUUCAGAUUCCCAGUUAUUGGCUGGACACAGUCCAGCCGAAGAUCAGUGUUAGACCAAUUCCUACAAAUUUAAAGGGAACACACACUUUCCCUCCUCCCACCUUUGACACCUCUUUGAAGGAGCGACUCGCAUCUGGAAGAGGCAACGUGAUCACCGACCUCCAUUGACCAUCAGAACUGUCCCAUCUCGAUGCUUCAGACGUCCGUGCGGGCUUUGAAUUUAGGUGGACUAAACCUCAAUAAAUCAUCUGAUAACCCUUGACUCUGGUUUGGUCAAACUUGUUUAAUGUGAUCCCCACAUUAGUGCAGAGAAGGUGAAAUGUUUCAUUUCUGUAAAACUGGCUUAAAGCAUGGCCUCAAUAUUCGGCAUGGGUUGAUCUGUAUAGUGAAUUCCAUGGGAAAUAUUUAUUACUAGUGCUUUAAUCUCCAAAGUAAACAUUCAUUUAAAGUGGAGCCAUCAGGCAGAUAUUCCUUUGAACAACAUCGAUAAGAUAUGUUCUAUAAAAGAGAUUGGGGACACAAUUUUUCUAAUUGGUAGAAAAAAAGACAAUAACCUUGUAAAUAUGUAAGAAUGCUUAUUUGUUGCACAGAAUUUUUUGGUAUAAAAUAAAUGUUGACAUUUUCUGUGGAA